AUGGGUGAUUUAGACAUGAAGUCGUCCAAAAUCUCUUCCGACAGUAAUUCUAUGGUUGUUCCAAACAAUGGCACUGAACAAGGCCACGAGGAAGUCAUGUCUAAGGAGAGGAAUCUCAACAGAGAAGGAGGGUAUGGUUCUUUUGGUUCGAUGCUAGACUCUCUACCAACCCAGAGAAGAGGAUUGGCAACGUCCUAUGAUGGGAAAUGCAAGUCCUUCGCAGACCUGUCGGAAGCGAGAACAGUGAAAGAUUUGGAGAAAAAAGAGCACCCAUUUAACCAGAGGAGGGCAUUAUUGAAAGCAAGAAAGAUGUGUAAGAGGUCAAAGGCACAAAUUGCUUCAGCGGAAGUAGUGGGUAAGGGGAACCAGUAA